AUGGAAAGAGAUUCCUUUUAUAAUAAUGAACAUUAAAAUGAUUUACAACCCUAUAAACCAAGUAUGUUUUGAAAACAAAUUAAGUUUAGGAAUAAACCUUCUUUGAAAGGUUUUCAUUUAAAUCUUUAACAUUUAAAACAACAGUAGUUUAAUUCAUAAUCUUCUUUUUAACAAUUUUUCACACAAUUUAUUUGAUUGAGAAAUAUUUGGUAAAUGAUGGUGAUGAAUCUGAUAUUUAUAGUUUUAAAUGCGUUUUAUACACUUGGGGUUCUAAACAUACUCCUUCUAUUAUAUACCGUUAUUAAUUUUGGAGAUUAGUUUGUCCUAUAUUUCUUCAUGGAUCCUUUUCACAUAUUAUAGGCAAUAUGGUUGUUUAAAUAUAUUAUGGAUUCAUUCUAGAAUUAACUCAUGGAUGGAAAAGAGUUUCAAUUCUCUAUAUCGUUGGGGGAAUAGGGGCAUCUUUAUUCUCAUGUGUUAGAUUUCAUUAUGAAACAUCAGUAGGUGCUAGUGGAUCUAUAUUUGCUUUAUUAGCCCUUGAAUUAAUUUAUUUUAUAACUACUUUUCCUGGAAUUGAACCAAAAAGAAUUGUUGUACUUAUAUUAUUAGCUCCAAUGAUUUUCUUAUCUUUUAUUGAUUCUCCUCCUUAAGUUGAUAUUGCUGGUCAUUUAGGGGGACUUGUAGUAGGAUUACUUAUAGGAAUAGGAUAUGCAUUUGCUGAUGCAUAAAGCAAUAUGUAUUAAUAAUUAUAAAAAUAGAAAACAAUAAUGCUAAUACAUUUUUUAUGGUUUAGUUGGACUAUUAUUUAUUUAUAUUUUUACAAUCUUAUACCAAACAAAAUUGGAAGAUGAAAAAAUAUGCUAGGGAAUGAAUAUUAUUUGA